AUGUCUGUCGCAACAUUGCAGCGGGACACUGCCUUCCAAGUCCGGUCAUUGUUCCGCUCUCUGCUCCGUCAAUCCUCCCAGUUCUCGAAUUACAACUUCCGCGAGUAUGCCCGACGGAGAACGAGGGAUGCCUUCCGUGAGCAUCAAUCUGAGACCGAAGAAAGGAGGAUACAGGAGUUGAUACAGGAUGGUCUGCAGAACCUGCGCACGUUGAAGCGCCAAACCGUAAUCAGCCAAUUCUAUCAGAUGGAUAAGUUAGUGGUCGAGGGUCAGAAGACUGGCGAGCAAACUGGACAGGAAGGUGGUAUUGUUCGCCAGAAGGAUACUGGGUAUGUUAUUCCGUCCUAUGCUGACAACUCGCAGUUCAGAUCCUCGCGCUCAGGUCGUCAAUUCGGCGAUAAUGCCAAUCGAACCAGAACCGGCCAGAUCGAUCACGAUGUCUUUGAAGGACUCCCGGUGCGGAGGUGGACACGCCAACGCCAGACCAUCUCCCAGAUUCCCAAGUCCGAAGUCUCCGAAUCGCUCUUCCAGGGGCCCGGAGGCAAGCAGGCUCUACCCGAACACCCUAUGCCCAGGGAUAGCCAUCUUCUGACCCCGAUGAGUAGAGCGCUCCUUCGCGCUGCUCGGGCUGGGUGUAUCUACAUCCGCAAAGCGUCAAAGGAACCAGAAUACGAAGAGAAGGACACUACAGACGUGGAGGAACAAACGACAAUUCAGAGCAUGGACCGCAGUUUCACGGCGCGCAAGUGGGCGGCCUUACCAAAGCAUCUGGAGCCCCCCGAGGUGGAAUUCCUCGCCAAGAGACGACCUGGCUUGCCAUCAUUAUACGGCGCGUCCACUACCGGCGUAGAUGGUGCUGCCAACAAUGCGCCAAUGCGAAGGACCCGAUUCAAGAAGGUCGACCCGGCUACAGGAAACAUUUCAAUCUACGAAGCAUGGGUGCCGGAGGGACACAAGAUCGACGGCGAGAUCACCGAUGAGGCCCAGGUGAGGGCAGAAAACAGUGAGGUUGCCGUCAUCCCCGAAGCACCUGCUCCGGGAACAGUCGUCGAAGGCGUCGGAGUGGUCAACGCUGAGGGCGUGGUUGUUGCUGAGGCUGGCUCCGUUUCGGUAAUGACGCCCCCCAAGAGGCGACCUCCCCCUCCCAAACGCAAGGCCAAGGGCUUCGGAAAGGGGCGAAGGAAGAAGGUCAUGUUCGCUCCAGGUGAUGGAGCGGAUGCUGCGCUCGUCCACGGUACUGGCGCAGAUACCGCGGAAGGUGCAGGUGCGAUGGGGUAUCCGAAAGGUGAUACCGACACGUCACGCUUGUCGGUGGAUCAAAGUGGCCAGGAUGAUGAAGAUGAUGAUGGUGACGAAGGUGACGAGAGUGAUGAGGGCGACGAGUCGAUGCUCGAUGCCAAGACACCGGAAACUCCUCUUGCACAACCUGAGACUGUACCAGCGAGUGAUGCCGUGCCGAAGGCUGCAUCUGAGCUUAUUUCCGAAUCUACGGUAAUUCCUGCAGUAGACAACAUUGAAGCACAUCCAUCGACUUCAGAGGCUCCAUCGACUUCCGUUCAGGAGCAAUCUUCACAAACGCCUUUGCAGGUACCAACGUCAACCUCAGCACUCCCAGAUGCUCAAAUUCCAUCACCGUCGACAGCUGAUCAAUCCACUCCUGCUCCUUCAGCUCAGGUUGCUCCCACUCCUAAGCCUGAGGAGUCCUCUCUGGAAGAAGCCGUGUCGGAAGACGUCAUGUCAGACGCGCAACCUCCAAUCUCUACUGCAGAUGAAAGUACACCAGUUGCUUCUCAACCCUCUCCAGAAUGUCAAUCGUUGAAUGAUGGAGCGAAUGUCGUCGGAGCUGCUCGCGAAAAUAGGACUUCACGAUCACCCCAUGCAGAGCCUCUAACUCAGCCACCUGAGUCCGCAAUGGAGGUAGAGAGCGUCAAAGAAACGCAAGUCAAGCCCACAGAUUCCACAGAAAAAUUAUCUGAGACAAGUCAAGUUGCUCAAAGCGAAACAGUGAUGCAGGACGCAGAUCCAGCUGAAGAUGUUACAAUGGAAGACAUCGAGAACCUGCCGUCUGCCCCUGCAGAAGAGCAGGCUCCAUCAAAAGAAACUGACCUGGAGCAAAUCCCUGACCAAUUGGCUACGCCUAAGCAAGUAGAUGCUGAGCUGGAGAACAACGAGGUUGACCUCCUUGGCAGCCUAGAAGCUAGUCUAGGUGGUACAGCCAGUGAGGGCAAGGUUAUGGAACAGGGUGCCACUCAAUCCGAAUUGCACUCAGAAGUUGCGGCUGAAGAAAGCACUGCCACAGCAGUAGCAGCUCCAGAACAACCUACAGAAGAGCCUUCUCAGCAACCUUUGGAGCGCGCUGAAGAGCAGAAAGCAGAGCAGGCUCCAGAGCAGUCAUCCGUGUCCGCUGGUGCAGAGCAAGAGGCGGUCGAGCAUGAACAACCUCCUCAAAAAAGCGCUAUACUCACUCCAGAACAACCAGCACAAGAAUCUGCAGAGCCUGCUCCCGAAUUAGCGGCGGAUGUCGUUUCGCAGCCCAGCAAAGAGCCAUCAGUAGAACAGAAUCCGGAACAAGUUCCUGAGGCGCAGCCAGAGCCAACCCCAGAGACUGCUGCACCAACAACUGAGGAUCAGGCUCAAGAACCAGCUGCACCACAGGCGGCAGAAUCCGUCCCAGAGUCGGAGACGGCACCUAAAGAAUCUUUAACAGAUCCGCCUGCUGAAGUCCCAGAACCGCCCGCUCAGGUCCCUGCAGAACAACCCACACAGGACCAACCUAUUCCACCGACGGAGACAGCUGCAGCUCCACCUACUGAGCAAUCUACUCCUCCUCAUGACCCGCCGUCCGAGCCCACAGCACCCCCAGCGGAAAAACUUACACCUCCAAGUGUAUCUCCCGAAACAACGGAGGACUCGAAGCCGAAGCAAUCAGAGGAGCGGGCUGCCAACACACCUCCUCAAGAGCCAUCCGCUCCGCAACCCGAGGAACCACAGCCUGACAAAGUUCCUUCGCCAGCUGCGCCAAGUGCCCUCGAAGAACCCCAGCCACAGCAAGAUCAACCCGCGGCUCACUCCGCCGCGGCGCCUGAAGCCAACGCCAAUGACCAGCCUACCGUCGAUCAAGAAAAGGUAAAGCCGGUAGUCAGGAGCGCAGAGGACGUAGAAGAGGCACCCGCGCCCUCGACAGCAGACGCCAAUGCCGCAUAG